AUGGAUUCUCCUCGGUCCUACGAGCUCUUCAUUGGCCCAGAUCAAUAUGUCCUUUACGAUUCCAGUUCAACAAAAAAAGGCCGCCCACUUGUUAUUGACCGCGUAACGAACACUGUCUCUGUAUCAAGUAAACUUCAAAGUUUAUUCUAUGAAGUAGGUUUUGAUUUAGAACAUUAUGAAAGCGUUAUGCCAAGGCCCGCAAUCAUUUACGGCAUUCUUGGGACAGUUCGUCUCCUCUCUGGUCGUUUUUUAAUGACGAUCGAUAAAUGUGAACUUGUGGGAAAUUUGUUUGGUCACCAGAUUUUCAAAGUAACAGCCUCAUCGCUGCGCCCAUUUGCCAAAUCAACAGCACAUCUUAAUAAAAUGGAGUUAGAGGCUGAGACGGCAUAUAUCAAUAUGCUCACGUUUGUGCUUCAAGUAGACGGUUUUUAUUUCUCCAACACCUAUGAUUUGACUGUGUCCCAGCAGCGAAUUUCAGAAUUUGGCCCGGAAACCAGAAACACGAGUCUCUUUGAGCGCGCUGAAAAACAGUUUCUAUGGAAUUACAGUCAUCUAAACGACUGGUCAAGUAUUCUCACGGAUGUCGCCAAAACAAGUGGCCUCUCUCUUAACAUCUCCAACUACCUCACGCCUGUCAUGUUCGGCUUUGUGGGUAUCCUCAAGGCCUCUUCAUCUCUUGGAUCUGAAGGGACUGUCGCAAGUUAUGCCAUUAUUUCUCGGCGUUCGGUUAAGCGCGCUGGCACCCGGUUCUACGCUCGUGGCCUCGACUCUGAAGCGAAUUCGGCCAACUUUGUGGAAACGGAGCAAAUUCUCUACCUUCCGCCAAGCCACAUUUCCUCUUUUGUGCAGGUUCGCGGCAGCGUGCCUCUGUUUUGGAGUCAGCGCCCAACACUUAAGUACAAACCGCUUGUUAAGAUGGGCCGUCUGGCUGCUGCUGCUCAAUCAACUAUUGACAAUCCACCCGAGUCACCACUUGACGUAGAGCCGGAGCAGCGGGCUAUAAUCCAGCGCCACAUUCACGAGGCCUGCUACCUUCACCGCUAUGGAAAGAUUUUUGCUGUCAACCUCUUGGAUCAAACUGGCAUGGAAAGGCAACUUUGCAAGACGUAUACGCUAGCCGCUCAAUCUGUUGAUCCGCAAGAACUCAAAUAUGAGUCCUUUGACUUCCACCGCGAAUGCAAGGCCCUCAAGUGGCACCGCCUAAGUAUCCUUCUGGAUCGACUCGAAGGUGACAUCGUUGCCAUGGGUCAGUUCAGACUGCUUUCGCCAAUCGGGAAAGAAACGCUUAGGGACGCUGUGGUUGUCAGUCGACAGACCGGAGUUUUCCGGACGAACUGCAUCGACUGUCUGGACCGCACCAAUGUUGUCCAAUCGCUUAUCGGCCGGCGGGCGGUGGACUUGGCCAUCCGAGACGCCGGCCUCGUGAACUCCGCCGACCGCGUGGUUUGUGGCAACUACAUGCGAGCCGUUUGGCCCGGAUUCGAAACCGCCUUCAAGGAGGUGUGGGCAGAUAACGCGGACGCCUGUUCCAUCCAGUACAGCGGCACAGCCGCUCUGAAGACGGAUUUUACGCGAACAGGCAAACGAACAUUCAAAGGCAUGCUUCUGGACGGUUAUUACUCGCUCACGCGUUACUACCUCAACAACUUUGUGGACGGUUUCCGCCAGGACGCCUUUAACCUCUUCCUUGGCCACUACGACAUAUUCCGUCCGGACAACGGCCAGCCGAAGUUGCCGCUACCGCGAGGACGCGAGCCGAGUGAUGUAGAGAGCCUGCGAAUCCGUUUCAUGCCGCUCUUUCUAGCCUUCGCCACGUCCAUGUCUGUCCUCUGUCUCAUCUUCCCCGCUGAUCUGUGGACCGAGCGAGUGGCGUACUUCUUGUUUUGGGGUGUAGCGUCGGUGACCUCUGCCAUCACAAUCUACGCCUACGGCGAGGAUUACGUGAACAAACCCAUCUUCCCGAUGGAGUAG